UACAAUAAAAAAGACCAACCUAAAUGGAAAAUGAAAAUCUCCUUGCCACAAAUUUAAAACAAAACCUUGGCUCAAAAAAUAACCCUAGUUUUUCAAAAAUGUUAUCCCUAAAACAAUCUUGCAGUAGAAUUUAUCAAGAACAACCCCUUAUUUAUAUACCCCAGUACCCCACUGUUGUUGCAUCUCAAACACUUCCCCCUCAAAAUCUCACACUAAUUUCAUUUGGGCGGGAGAAGAAUAAAACUCUUUCAUCUUCCUCUUCCAAAUUCCGCCAUCUUUCUCUCUCUUCAACCUUCACUUUCUCUCUCCUACAACAAUGGCGGACAACAACAACAACAACCAUGGCGGUAACCCGGAGUCGGGGGAAUCUGAAGAAGAUUCUUCAUCACCGCUAAGUAAGCUUCGUCGUCGUUGGGAGCUCGCGUCUGUCCUUAAUUUUUUCAGCGUUUUUGAGCCGUUGAUUGGUAAGGAAUCGAAAAUGUCAGCGGAAGAGAUUGAAGAUGCUUUGAUUAAUCCGAAUUCUUCACUUACUAAGCUUCAUAUCGCGCUUCUUAAGGGGAUACGACCUGUUAACAAAAAGUUGUCUGAACCUGAUUACUGGGUGAAAAGUCUUUGUUUAAAGCUAGCUGAAUGGUGGCCCUGGGUUGCUGAAGGCAAAGUUCCUCUGGUUCCAGCAAAAGGAGAAGAAGUAUCCAGAUACAAGGAGCUUGAUCCAACUAUACGAUUGCUGAUGUUAAAGGCAUUGUGUGAAAUCCGAGCAUUGCAAGAUGAUCUGGUUUCUAAUAUCAAUGAUGCACUCAAGGAAGGGGCUCAAAUAUCUCAAUUUCGUAAAGAUAAGAUUGGUCAAGAUAGAAAUGGGGUUUCUUACUGGUAUGAUGGGGAUCCAGUUAUUGGUCAUAGACUGUACAUGGAAAUUGACAAUGGCAUGUUGAAGCAGAAGCAUAGGGGCAAAAACUGUCUAGAUCUGAAAGAAACCAACUCAGAGUGGGAGAUUCUUGCUACCAAUCUUGAUGAAUUUCGUAAAGUCUCUGAGAGAUUUUCUUCUUGCCAAGUUGGAGUUGAGGCAGCAGUGCAUGAGACUAUUGAAACAGAAGUUAUUCCUGUACUUGAAAAAUUGCAGAAGAAAAAAGAGAGGGAUCUGAAGCGACGUCAGAGAGAGGAAGCUUAUAUGAGUGGUUGUCACUCCUAUGCUGCUGGAGUUACCCGUUCUUGUCGCUCACGCAGACCUGUGAAGUAUACAUUUGAUGAUUUCGACCGGACAAUUGAAGAGGCUAUAAAAGAGACAAGGAAAGGGAAAGUUAGAAAGGUGGAAAGGAAUGACACCAAGCAUCCCAAACAUGGGAAAAGUGGUGAUGAUUCUGGUGGAGAUUUGCAGAAUAAUGCUCAUGACGGAUCUCCAGCUUCCACUUCCAAGGACAAGCAAAAUGACCAACAGGAUGAAGGGGAUUCCAAUGGUGAGGAAAUUGACCAAUUGAGUAAAGGUAGUGACAUUGAUGAGGAAGAUGACCAACAGGGUGAAGGCAGUGAAAAUGAUGAGGACUAUAACGAACAAGGUGAAGGCAGUGAAAAUGAUGAUGAGGAUAACCAACAGGGUGAAGGCAGUGAAAAUGACGAGGAGGAUGACCUUCAGAGUGAAGGCAGUGACAAGGGCAAGGAUAUAAAUCGUACUGACAUUGCUGGCAAAAGUGAUAAUGAGGUAGUUAAUGAUAGUGAAAGUGAUUCAAGUGAUUUUGAGCAUGAAAAUGUCAAGCAGGAUGGAGCAAAGCAUGAUAAAGUUCUUUCGCAAGGACAGAAAGACAAUGUUGCUACUGGCUUGAAGAUGAAAAAGAAUUCAGAUCGUACUUCUCGUCAGAAUCUUCAUGAAGGCAGGAAUCCAGAAGCUAAGAAUCGAUAUAGGCAGAGGCCUACACUAAACAGUGCCUUAAGUUCUUUUGUUGUCCCUGAUUCAGAAGAUGAAAGCUCUCCUGAGAAUUCGAGUGGAGAUGCAUCAAGUGAGGAAGAUCCAUCUGAGGUUGCUGAUUCUGAGGAUGAAAUUAGCAGCUGAAAACUAUGCUGAUACACAGAAAUAGCUCAUUUCUCUGGGUUUUGUAUUGAAGAGAAAUGUAGAUUAAAUAUGCUUGUAGAGUUGGCAUAGGUAAGUUUUUGGCCUUUUGUUAAUAUAUCUAAUCUCUAGAAACUGUCUGUAUCCACCAGUGUGGCCUCUGACUGGCGCGACCAUAAGUGGAUUCUGGAGCAUGUUCAGCUACUCUAAAAUGCUACUGGCUUAAGUAACGUGCUAAGUCGAUACAUGGCUUCAUUUUGGUACUCAUGGUGGUGUGUAUAUAUCAAGUCCAUGUAUUCAUAUUGAACUUUUGAGAAGUACACUUUUGAUGUAACUGUAGAAAAGCAACUGGUUAGGAUAUCUUAUAUAAGAAGUUCAUUAUCUUACUGAA